AUGGCACCCUACAUCAACGAGAACGAGACCGAACCCACCCAGCAGAAAUACGGUGACUGGAGAGAUGACUUCUACGAGAAGGGCUACGUGGUCCUCAAGGGCGUUGUUCCCAAAGACCGCGCCCAAAACUACCGCAACAAGAUGCUCGAGUGGCUGGGCACAUUCCCCAACGACUUUGACGUGAACAAGCCAGAAACAUGGACAAAGGAGAAUCUGCCACAGAGCUUCAAGAACGGCAUGUACCUCAACUACUGUGCCGCACAUGAGAAGUAUGUCUGGGAGGCUAGACAAGAACCUGGCGUUCUGGCUGCCUUUGAGAAACUCUGGAACACAAAUGAACUCAUUGUCUCAUAUGACACGAUCAACCUCACUCUACCAAAUGCCGCCACAAUGGGCGGCUCCAAGCCAUGGCCACACGUAGAUCAGGCGCCUGAGCGACAAGGUCUAUCCUGUGUGCAAGGCAUCAUCAACCUCUCCGAAGCUGGUCCCAAAGACGGCGGUCUGGUGGUAAUGGAAGGCAGUGCCAGGCUCUUUGACAAGUUCUUCAAGCAGCACCCACCGGACCGAACCAAGGGCCCAUUGGCUGCCCUUCACUACGACUUCUACCCCUUCCAAGAUUCCGACGUCAAGUGGUAUGAAGACCACGGCUGCAAACUGGUCAAGGUCUGCGCCGAGCCUGGCGAUCUGAUCCUCUGGGAUUCGCGACAGAUGCACUACGCCGUGUACCCCGAGACCGACAAUAUCCGCACAAUCAUAUAUGCCUGCUACACACCAGCAGCCAUGGCUUCCAAGGAGGACUUGGAAAAGAAAAAGGAAAUCUUCGAGAAGUGGGAGGCGACAACACACUGGCCACACAUCAACAUCCAUUCGCAGGGCAAAGCCAUGGUGGAUGGCAAAAUCGAUCCCUGGGAGAGGACAGAGCCGUUGGAGAAGCCCGAACUCACCGACAAGCUGCUCAAGCUGGCAGGUGUAAAGCCGUACUGA